AGCUACGAGAAAGCAUCCACAUGUCUUGUGGCGCCACCGGGACAAAAAUGGGCAGUUCGAGAUGGGUAGCCUACGAUCGUUAUUGAAUUAGAGCAAAUGAUACCAGCAGUCGAACAUCAAAUGGCUGUGAUUGAUCCAAUGAGAAUAUUUCCACUUUUCACAGUCGAUGGUUAAAGAGAGGGAAAGUAUGCGCAGUGCGCACCACUUUCCUCAACCUCCAGGCAGAUCAGGCAGACUCUCCUUCUCACUUUCUAUCUCCAUACUAAGUUCAGAGCCCAUCAUCAUAUCAUCACUUCGCCAUUAAUGCCAUCUCCUCUCUUCCUCUGUCUCUCUCUCUCUCUCUCUCUCUCUCUCUCUCAAGCUCCACUAUUAGCAUUGCAUAAAUAGUAACACACCCCAACUCACUCACUCUCACACUCCAGCUGCUCUUAGCUCGGACGACUCGCUUUGGACCCGAGUUGUUCGGUCAAGUGCCAAUGGACCCUCUGCUGAUCACCGAGUCUGCCUUCUCUGCCGCAAGCCUUUCCGCAUACAGCCUCUCCGAGAUUUGGCCGCUCCGUGGGGAGGCUUCCAACAGAGUGCCUACGGGUCUCCAAGUAGGGAGCCUAGGCAGGUUGGGAAAACAGGACGGUACAGGAGAAGCUUCGAUGGUUACAGCGCACAGCGGCAGACGGAAGAGGAAGGGGGUGACGGCGGGGAUGGAGGAGGAAGAUGGCGGGUCUUCCCGGAUGUGUUCUGCCACCCACGGCAACAUCUUGAACGGUUCGAGCAAUAAAAGCACUAAAAUCGGGCAACCACGGGAUGAUAUUCAUUCCUCCGAACCCAAGGCAGCAACGAGCUCUGCUGCUGUCUGGUAUAAGCAGGUUGAUCAAAGCAGUAGACCUCCGGGGCCACCUAAGGGUUACAUUCACGUGAGAGCAAGAAGAGGUCAAGCCACGGACAGUCACAGCCUGGCAGAGCGAGUAAGUCGGGCUAGGCGAGAGAAGAUCAGUGAGAGGAUGAAAAUUCUUCAAGAGAUAGUCCCGGGAUGCAAUAAGGUAAUUGGGAAGGCGCUCAUGCUCGACAAGCUUAUCAACUACAUACAGUCACUUCGACAGCAAGUCAAGUUCUUGUCCAUGAAACUAGAAGCAGUUAAUUCGAGGACGAACAUGAACCCGAACAUAGAUGGAUUCCCCCCAAAAGAUGUGAGUGUUCGGCACAUAUUACAGUAUGAUGAAGGUAAUGCGUAUAAGUUGACAAGUCGGAAAAAUAAUAUAUUUAAACCUUGCUGGUGUUUGAUGAUGCUUCAGCCCUUUGAUGCCACCGGGAUGAUGUUUGCCCCACAAACUGCACGAGAAUACAUGUCAGCACCGGAACCUGAAUGGCUUCAUAUGCAGAUUGGCACCAACUUUGAGCAGCCGGAAUGAUUCCCAGAAAGCCUCUAUGGUGGAAGAUGUUCUAGCCUAAGAAUGGCCAGUUCCGAACUAGGUGGAAUCUAUUUCUUUUAUGUAGAAGACGCAUCUAGAUUGUAUUGUACAUACACCUAACCGAACUAAGUUUUUAUUACUACAAGUUUCCUAGGACAAGUGCAGAAAAUUUGGCCUUUCGUAAGCCUUCGGCUUAUGUGAUUGUAAUCAGUCACCAUUGUAUUCAGCUGUAUUAAUAUAUACAUAUAUAUAUGUGUGUAUGUAUAAAAAUCAGCAUUUGAAAUAUUAA